UCGCUCGGCGCCAAAACCCUCUCCCUUUUCUUCCAUGGCGACCUCCGAACCCGGUUCAACCCGGUCGAACCAAACCACCGUCACGGUUUUCUUCGCCCGAACCAACUUCCUCGCCCGAUCCCUCCUCUCUCGUCUCCUUCUCUCCUCCUCUUCCACCGUCCGGCUCGCCGACCCAACCCCAACCGAACCGAACCCAUCCCUCUCCGACCCGAUACCCCUCCUCAUCCCGAACCCUCUCCUUCUCCUUCUCCCCCUCCGAUCCCCUCUCACCCAAACCCUAGCCCCUUCCCUUGCCGGCUCCUCCGCCGUCUUCCUCUUCGACCCUUCCCUCGGCUCUCCCUUCCCCUGCUGACUCUUUUCAUCUCUACAACCUCACUGUCCUCACCACUAAAGCGUGUCGCCGCCGCUUGCCGCCUUGCUGGUGUUCCUCGCCUCGUCUUCACCGGCUUGGCUUAUGCUGACUCUGGACUUUGAUGAUUGGAUGUUUGGAGGAUUGUUGGAUGAUUUCCGAGCGCAGGCUGAGAGGAUCGUUUUGCGGAGCAAUGGGAUGGAUGGGCUUUCGACUUGUGUUUUGAGGGUUGGUAUUCCGUUCGGUCCUGGCGAUGGGGUUUUUCGUGCCGUUUCUUGUCCGGUGUGCGAAGUUGGGGCUUGCUAAGUUUGUCAUUGGAAAUGGGGAAAAUAUGUGUGAUGUUAUCUAUGCGGAGAAUGUGGCCCAUGCUAAUAUAUGUGCAGAGCAAACUUUGGAAUCAGAUGAAAACUUCAGUAGCUGGCCAGCCAAUUUUAUAUUACCAAUCAUGAACCUGUUAAACUUUGGGAAUUUAUUUCCAACAUAUUAGAAGGUUUGGGAUAUCAAAGGCCUGGAAUUCAUCUUCCUGUCAAGUUUGUUGUACAUGGAGCCCUGCUAUUCAAAUGGUUAUGCACUCGGUUGGGUUUGGGUAAAGCGUGUAAUCCGGAAUUUACACCUGCAAUAAUUCACAUGCUCUCAUGCACAAAUACUUUUGAUUGUUCUAAAGCUCAAAAGCUUAUUGGUUAUUCACCGGUUGUUCCUUUGGAGGAUGGUGUGAGGGCAACAGUGGAGGCAUUCUCCCAAUUAGCAGCCAAAGACCCAAUUUAUUCCACGCAGAGAGAUUUUACCAGGCCAUCUAAAUCAGAUACAUUUCUAGGCAAUGGAAGAGUUGCUGACAUACUGUUAUGGAGAGAUGAGAAGAAAACAUUUUUUUGUGUAAUGGUAUUGUUUUUCUUGCGUUACUGGUUUAUUCUGUCUGGUAGAACUUUGAUCUCAUCUUUUGCAAAGCUCCUGCUGGUUGUGACAGCUAUUCUUUUUGGCCAUGGUCAUCUACCUUCUUCAAUAUUUGGCCACCCUUUAAAGAAGCUUCCCUCAUCACACUUUGAAGUCUCUGAACCUGUUAUGACAGAUUUAUUUCUCACCGUGGCAUCUGCUUGGAAUAAAGGAGUUUGUGUAUUGAAGUUACUAGCACAAGGAGAUGAUUGGAAUCUACUCUUCAAGGCUGUCAGUUGCAUAUAUCUGCUGAAGUUGUUGUUGGCAUUAACGGUUUCAGUAUUGAGUGCUGGUGGAUUGAUAUGCUUGUUUACCCUUUUCAUUCUAUAUGAGCAGUUCGAACCUGAAGUUGACCAAGUAAUAACAGUGUCAGCUGUCAGAGGGAAGAAGUUUGCAGGAAAAGUAGUUGAUAAAUUGCCAAGCUCCUUGGUGAUAUACUUCCAUAGAAGUUAAACUAUUGAGAAUAAGAGUCCAUGUCCUCUAAUAAAACAUGUAUACUUGCUAUUUGGAGGUAAAAGGAAGAAAUUAGUCAUUUUAUUGGCUCCCAAAUGACCAAGUUCAGCUGGACAUUCCACAUUUAAAGUUUCUAUUGAUGCAGAUAUUGGGCUAGCAUUACGCAAUCCGAAAGAACAGCAUACUUAAUGGAAUUACAAGAUAUUCAGUGUUUCAUACUAUCGGCUAGAAAAUGAGAGGAGCUAUCUGUGAUUUUGUGUGUGGUUUCCUGACCAAUAAUCUCCAUUGGACUGCAAUUGCUUUUAGUGACCUGCAAUCCCCCGGAGAAUGUCAAAAACCCAUAAACUGGAGGUACAAUGAAUCAAUAGUUACCCUUUCUGGGAAUUUCACAUAGUAUUUCUAAAUUUUGCAAUUUCCUUUUUCCAGAACGGUAUUAAAUUUUAGCAACAAAUAUUGUGAAAUGUUGGACAAUUGUACUGAAGCCCUUUAAAGUUUUCUCAAGAAUGUUCAGCUUUCUGGCAGUUUGGUCA